AUGAAGCAAAUACUACUUUGCAGUUUCUUGAUCGCAGUGUGGGCAAUCCAAUCCCAUUGUCGCGUAUUGGACAACCCGAACAGCGACAUAAGCCAAUCCGACUCGUCUUUAUUGAGCAAACUCAAGAACAAAUCCAACCAUUUAAUCGAAAAAGUGUACUAUAAAGGCGAUAAAGCAGUGAAAUCCAUCGAGCGCGGUUACCAAGAAACCAAAUGCCGGUUGCACCAAAUAGCAACGGUAGCAAUUGAUGGGGACUCUUACAACCAUGAACCCUGCCGUAAUGGGCAUGUGGGCAAUCCAAGCCCAUUGUCGCCCAUGGGAGCCGGUUAUAACGAGAUCAAAUGCCGGGUGCAGGGAAUGGCAUCGGUAGCAGUUAAAGGGUACUAUGACGAACAUGAUCCGUGCUUUGAGCACGAGGACUAUAAAAAACAAAAUCAUGCUGGUGAAAACCACGGGGGUCACCAGAUUGGGCAGCAAAUAGUGAAAAAUUUAGUGCUUAAUAUUAUUACCGCCCAAGAUCAAGCUCAUGAGACCAACGUUGUACAGGGUGGCCAAAUAAGGAUGGCUCUCGGCCAUAUCUGGCAAACUAAUUGUCAUAGAGACUUGCGGUAA